UUCCACAACUACUUUUCAAUAUUACAGGUACUAGAAACACGUGUUCUACUCUCCUCUCAACUUAAGAAUUUUUAUUUCUGUACAUUUUUCACAGGUUACAGAGUAGAAGACUUCUUGUUUGAGAAGAUCGACAAGAAACGGCCCAAUCGACUCAGUAACCUCGAGUACCUGGGUCUGGAUAUGAUCGAGGCAGGAAAUGAAUUUGGGCCCGGAACUGCUUAUGGUAGUGCUCUUAUAAAAGUAGGUCAGAAUGAGCAACGUCUCGGCCAUAUAGAGCGAGACUUCAUUGCCUCUUCCCAUCACUGCUUCCUUGUGCCACUGCGAAAGUUCUUGGACGGAGAGAUGAAAACCAUCCUGAAAGAGAGGAGUAUCCUGGAGAGUAAGAGGCUUGAUUUGGAUGCCUGCAAAAAUCGAGUUCGCAAAGCAAGGAGCAUGCUUGGACAACCUACGGUAAGUGGAUAGUCCCAAAUGGAUAAU